AGAAUGUAAACAAAGCAGCCAGGUGGCAACGCCGCACCCACUCACUCCAGAUAUUCUACAUAAAUAAUACAACUGGCAAUAUUCUUAUCUAUUUAAGUAAAUAACAGUAGUGAUAAGCAAUAAGCGGAGCUCAAAUCACACAAUGGCUGAUCGGGCUAUCAAGCUGCUGGUGAUCGGGGAGAGCGGCGUGGGCAAGUCCAGUUUGAUACGUCGCUUCGUGGAGAACAAGUUCGACAAUAACCAUGACGUCACGAUUGGCAUGGACUUCAAAAGCAAGGUGAUGAACGUGGACGGCAUAGACUACAAGGUGGCCCUGUGGGAUACGGCGGGCGCCGAGAGAUUCCGCAGCCUUACGCCCAGUUUCUACCGGAAGGCUCUGGGCGCCAUUCUAGUGUACGACAUUACCAGCAGGGACAGCCUGGUCAAGCUGGAAACCUGGCUGGCCGAGCUGGAUAGCUACAGCGACAAUCCCAACAUUGCCAUCAUUGUGGUGGGCAACAAGAUCGACGAGGAGCGAGUGGUGGAUCGCGAGGAGGGCCGCAAGUUUGCCAGGAAGCACAGAGCGCUCUUCAUCGAGACCUCGGCCAAAUGCGAUCAGUUCGUCAGCGAUGUGUUCAAAGAUGUCGUGGAGAAGAUCGUCUCCUCCGAAUACUUCAACAAUGGCACUGGCUCCGCCGGUCUGGACAUCGCCAGCGAUCGGGAUCUGGAGGCAAGCGCGUCCACGUGUUACUGUUGAUUUCGAAUGUUGUACGUGCUUUUGUCAAAUUUAUAUCGUGUAUUUAUUUAAUCGUUUCAAUAUCACUAGCAUAAAGUCAACCUUAGCGUUCAA